UGCUGUCUCUCUCUCGGUCUCUCUCUUUUCACGAUCCCCAGGCAUUUUUGUCAUCCAGGCCAGAUCGUCCUACUUGUCGUAUACAUAAUCAGAACUUGAAAAUUAUUAUUUUAAAAUUAUCAUUAAAUUAAUUAAAGUGAAGGUGAUAAGUUGGAUUGUAUUGAUAAAAGUUGGACGAUCAAAAUUAGAGACAGUGUCGAAAUAAAUAUACACACAUAUUUUUUUUUUCUUUUUUUUUGACGCAUAUUGUUCUUUGUUAUUUUCGAGGGCAACACGCGAUCAUUUUUAUUUUUUAAAGUCAUCAUAUCGUUUAUUGUUAUUUUUUUAAUUUUGCAUUAAAAAUAUACAUUUAUUAAAAAAACAAUGGCAGAGGAUCCAUCAGCACCUGAAGUCAUGAUUCUUGAUGAUGAAGAUGAAAUAAUUAUUGAUGAUGCUUUUGAAAAUGAAGAAAAAGAAGUUCUUGCUGAAGCUGAAAUAGAAGCAGCUAAAAAAUUAUAUCAAGAGAAGCAAUAUAAACAGGCACUUCUUGCAUACACAAAAGCAAUUGAAUAUUGUCCAAAUGUUGCUAAAUACUAUGGUAAUCGUGCUGCAUGCUACAUGAUGCUUGAUCAGUAUCGUGAUGCAUUGAUAGAUGCCAAAAAAUGCAUUGAAGUUGAUCCAACCUUCAUCAAGGGAUACACAAGAGUCAUCAGAUGUUGCUUAAAACUUGGUGAAAUAAUUGAAGCUGAAACAAUUAUGAAUAAACUAAAUCAACUUGAUCCAGUACAAGCAAAAUUAGCUGAAGUUGAACAAAAUGAAAUAAUUCAUGUUCAACGUUAUCUUCGUGAAGCUGAUGCUGCCUAUGCAAAACGUGAUUACCGAAAGGUUGUUUAUUGUAUGGAUCGAUGUUGUGACGUCAGUAAAUAUUGUUAUCGUUUUAAAUUAACAAAAGCUGAAUGUUUAACACAUCUGGAACGUUAUCAAGAAGCCCAAGAAAUAGCAAAUGACAUACUCCAUGUGGACAGAUCGAAUAUUGAUGCAACAUAUGUGAGAGGUGUUUGUUUAUAUCAUCAGGAUAAUGUUGAUAGAGCAUUUAUGCAUUUUCAAGAAGUUCUACGUCUUGCUCCUGAUCAUACCAAGGCACUAGAAAUAUACAAGAGAGCAAAAUUAUUAAAACAAAAAAAAGAAGAUGGUAAUGCAUUAUUUAAAUCUGGACGUUAUCAAGAAGCAUACAAUCUUUAUACACAAGCAUUAUUAAUUGAUCCAAAAAAUAAAAUGGCAAACAUUAAAUUACAUUAUAAUCGUGCAUUAACAGCAUCAAAACUUGGAAGAUUAAAUGAAUCAGUAACUGAAUGUACUGAAGCAUUAAAAUUAGAUGAAAAUUAUUUAAAAGCAUUAUUAAAACGUGCAAAUUGUUAUAUGGAAUUAAAGGAUUAUGAAGAAGCUGUACGUGAUUAUGAAAAAGUAUAUAAAAUAAAUCAAACAAGAGAUCACAGAAGAUUAUUGAAUGAAGCUAAAGAGGCACUUAAAAGAUCAAAGAAAAAAGAUUAUUAUAAAAUAUUGGGUAUUGAUAGAGGUUCAUCAAUUGAUGAUAUUAAAAAAGCAUAUAGAAAACGUGCAUUGGUACAUCAUCCAGAUAGACAUUCAAGUGCAUCAGAUAGUGAAAAAAAAGAACAAGAAAAAAAAUUCAAAGAAAUUGGUGAAGCUUAUAGUAUACUUUCUGAUCCUAAAAAAAAAGCUCGUUAUGAUAGAGGUGAUGAUAUGGAUGAAUAUGAUCAUGGAUUUGAUUUAUCAAGAUUCACCUCAGAGUCUGGCUUUGAAACAUUUUUCACAAAACCAGAAACAAAUGGAGCAUUUAAAUUUCGUUUUGGUGGAACACAUGAAGACAAAAUUAAAAUGACUCGUUCAAAAAAGUCUAAAAAAUCAAACAACAAUCAUCAAAGUAAUUUGAGUCAUGCAAAAUCAAAUAAACAAAAAGUUGUUGAUGAAAAUGUUGAUCCUGAAAAUAAACAACAACAACAACAACAACAAAUAAACAAUAAAAUAUUACCAAAAAUUUGUUUAAGUUGUGGAAUUUUAUCUCGUGAAAUACCACACGAGUGUUUGGCUAAAAAAAAAAUUUGUUUAAAGUGUAAUAAAAGAGGUCAUUAUUCACGUGUUUGUCAAUAUUCUGAAAGACAAGAUAAUGAUGAUAAAAAUAAUAAUUUAUCUGAUACUGAUGAUGUGGAUGAAAAGUGUUUGUUGAAGGAAACUAAAAUAAAUGAAAAAAAAAAUCAAUUAAAUGAUAAAAAGAAAGAAGUUGUUGAUGCAAAUACUCGAAUUAAUAAAAUGAAAGAGAUGGCUAAUUCUUUGUACAAAAAAGGAAACUUCGAGGAUGCUUUGACAUAUUAUACAAAAAUAAUUGCUGAAUGUUCCAAUGAUGCGUCUCAUUAUGCAAAUCGUGCAGCAUGUUUAAUGAUGACUAAAAAUUACAAAGAAGCACUUGUUGAUGCUAAAAAAUCUGUUGAUAUUAAUCCAACAUUUAUCACGGGUCAUGUUCGUGUUGCCAAGUGUUUAAUGAUACUUGGAAAAUUCAUGGAAGCUAAAAUAUGUCUCAAUAAAAUAUCACAAAUUGAUCCAACAAAUGAAGUUGUUAAAAAUGAAAAAAUAAAAUUAUCCAAAGUCCAAUUGUGUAUGGAAAUUAUGAAUGAAAGUAUUGCCAAUGAAAAAUACAAUUUAGCACUUGAAAAUAUAAAUGAAAUUUUAAAAAUUUCAACUCACUCUGAUUUUUAUAAAAUAAAAAAAAGUGAGUGUCUUGCAUACAUUGGUAAUUAUGAAUGGGCUGAACAAAUAGCCAAUGAAGUAUUACAAGUUGAUAAAACAAAUAUUGAUGCUAAAUUUGUAUUGAGUCUUUGUUUGUAUCAAUCAAAUGUUAAUUCAGCUAUGGAUAUGUUGAUGGAAGUUCUUCGUGCUGUUCCAGAUCAUCCAAAAGCUAUGGAAAUAUACAAGAAAGCUAAAACUUUAAUUGGCAAAAAACAUGCUGGUAAUGUUGCUUAUAAUAAAUAUAAUUAUGCAAAAGCUUAUAGCUUGUACAGUGAGGCUCUAAAAGUUGAUGAAAAUAAUAUUGGUAUUGCAAAAAAGCUUUAUUACAAAAUGGCAAAAGCUUCAUAUAAAUUGAAAAAUUAUAAACAAUCAAUUGAAGAUUGUAGUAAAGCCUUGAAAAUUUUUCCAAAUAACAUUGAUUUUUUGAUACAUCGUGGUGAUUCCUACAUGAAAAUAUGUGAUUAUAAAAGUGCUGUUGAAGAUUUGACAACUGCACUUAGACUAAAUCCUUUUUCAAAUGAAUGUCGUCACUUGUUGUACGAAGCAAUGACACUUUUAAAAGUAAGUAAAUCAAGCAAAUCAAAGUAUCAUGAUAUUUUGGGUGUUAAAAAAUCAGCAUCUCUUGAUGACAUCAGAAAGGCUUAUCAUGAAAAAGCCAUGUUACAUCAUCCAGAUCGUCACUCGAAUGCCACGCAAGAACAAAAAAUGUUUAAUGAAAAAAAAUUCAAAGAUAUCACACAAGCUUAUAGAAAAUUGACUGAAAAAAAUUCGUCGGGCUAUGAUGAUGAUGAUGAUUCUGAUGAUGAAGAUGACGAUUUUUAUAUGUACAAGACUGGUGAUUUCUCCGCUUUUAUAUUUACAUCUUUAAUUCGUAAUUUUUUUGGCUAAAAAUCUUUUUUUUUUCUUUUUCUUUUU